GCUGAUGAUAAAUUAGGAUGAACGGAAGGUUCAAGUGAAGCCAUUGAUGUAAAAAAAAGAGGUACAGGGUAAUCGGCCCCACCUCGAAACAGCAGCGUCACUUUCGACUGUUGCCCGAAAUUUCAACAUUAACAUCACCAACGACUCUACAGCCGUUGCAUCAGCACAUCACAAGCCGCAGUCUCAAUUCUGCGCGCUCUAAAGAAAUGAACACGAUGCUAUCUUCUAUUGCUCGCCUCGCGCGCCCAGUCCUGGCCAAGCCCCUCGCUCAAUCGCCCAGGACAUUUACAACCCUCGUCCCUCUCCGACCUUCGCUCACUCCCAUGAACGGCGCUAUCCGAAGAACCGCUCUUCCCUCGAGCUUCACCCCCUCGACAGCCGCAUCAGCCGAUAUCGUUCCUUCGAGCGCCAUCUCAGCACACCCUGCCCUCGGCGAUAUGCAAAUUCGCUGCGGACCCCGAAAUACCAUGAACGGACAUACGAGAUUGGUUCAGAAGCGCAGACAUGGAUUCCUAUGCCGCAAGCGAAGUAAGACGGGGAGGAAGAUUCUCCUCAGAAGGAAGAUUAAGGGCCGAAGGCAUAUCGCUCAGUAAGCCUGUGGUUAUGGCAUGAGGAGGUUGGAGGGCAUGUGUCAAUGAAGCAUGAGCGAAUUGUGUACGAUACCAGAGAAGAGAGCGGAGAC